UAGCCAGCGGGCCCCGCAGGCACGCGUGUCGUUGGAGCGGACCAAAACACCGCUUUGUGCUUCGACAAUACAUUCAAGUCCAAGUAUGUCAUCCUUGUGAAUCUGGUUUCUCGCCUUUCUUGUCUGCAUGCGCUACACCCAUGGGCGUGCUAAAUCAUGUCCUCUGUGCCCCAUAGCACCUGUUCACCAUCUCCCCCGGAGGUCAAUCUGGAUACGCGGCCGCUAUCACUCGAAUCCCUCCCUAGCGAACUGAUACAGCUAGUCGUCGCUUACCUCUCCACCUCUACGCUCAAAAGCGUCGCUCUUGUCUCCAAGUGCCUCAAUCGCCAUGCGACGGAUAUAUUGUGGCAGAAUGUAUGCCUGGUGGAUCAAUGGAAACUACACCUGAACCGGCAGACAGAUAGAUUGUGGGGAGAACGGGGCCACGGAGAGACAGACGAGCACGAUGAUACACCCAUCGUGCAGAAGCUGUACAUACUAGCAACAAAUCCUGCCAUUGCCUCUAAAGUCCAAGUCCUCGCCCACCGCUGUCAUCUUCCUACCCCGAACAUCUUCGCCGAGCUACCACGCAUGCACUUCCACGCCGAAACCCUCUCGCGAGAUGUGCGUCUACAUGUCUUGCUCAAGCUCGCAAUACGGAAUAUGGUCAAUGUUCAUACGCUUAGAAUCCUUUAUGGACAUUGGAGACUCACAAGCGCACUAAUCGUGGGAUUUUUGGACCAAAAUCGACCGCAGCGCGUACCCCUUCGCAAACUUUGGCUCGAGAGCUGUUCCCUCGCGGUUCGUUCGAUACCCCUCCUCCUAUCAAGCCACUCAACCGGGCUCGAAUCGAUUCGCAUACGUAGACUUGGAUGCGAUUCUCUCAACACUAUACGGGCAAGAGGCAUGGGAUUCCUAGAGUAUCACCUUUCAAGAGGAGGCCAAUACUAUCAGUUGCACAAUGGCUCGGGCGGUUGGGUUGGGACGACUGUGCAUUUCUCAGAGGAGGGAUUGCCCGAGCGAUGGCCACGUCCGUCGACAACAGAACUUAUAGCGAAGAGUGAAGCGUUCGAUGCUGCUAUGUGGGAAGAACUACCGGAAAUCAAGACUUUUGUUGACGCGAAUCCAGUCGGGGUAGAAGAUAGGGGAGGGUUGAUUUCGCCGGUCGAUCCUUUGCAGUGGCUGUUCAGCUGUGCGGCGUCAACUCUGACCAGUUUAAACCUUGACUGGAUCCUUUGGAGAAGAAAAGAGAACGACCCAUAUGAUAAUUCACGUGUCACUUUGAAUGCCCUCACGCGGUUGAGAUUUCCGCACCUUCGCGCUUUCCAGGUCCGAAACGCAGUCACACCGCAUACUAAUCUUCCCGAUGACGUAUUUUUGCUCGAAGAUACCUUCCUAGAGUUCUUAGAAAGUCAUCCCAAGAUCCAGUGUCUCGGCUGGCCGCUAGAUAGGAUCUACAGCCAUGUGAAGCCAUCUGUCGAUGUACAGAAUCGAUCACGGAAACUUGUGGCGCAUUUGGCUAUGAUGCUAACUGACCUUCGCAUCGAUGCGCAGUACACUGAGCAUGGUGAACCGCUCACGGACGAGAGCAGAACCCCCGAAGAAGUGCAAGAGCGCGACCGUCGAAGAAGAUUCAUUGCAGAAUUCGCGCCACACAUGAGAAAAGUAGAGCAGAUCAAGCUUGAAGGCGGUAUCCCCAGAGACGAGAAGCGAGAGGUACUUCGGGCUCUACAUUGGUGUCCCUUGAAAAAGGUCGUCAUGAUUGGAUUGUCCUUUCCGGCAGGCAAUACCUGGGGCCCUCAGGGACUUCACUUGAAAGCCCUUGAUCCUGGUCAAAGUCCAGACUCCAGCUACAACCUUGAGGAAGAAGACCUAGCAGGCAUCUUGGCUUCAUAUAGGCGCGGCUUCUCCAUGUCACAAGAGUUCAACUUCGAGCCCGACUACGGCUGGCCACCUCAAGCACCUUUAAUCCAAACCAUCGCCCUGCACCACGCCAGUACGGUUGAAGAGAUGAAGAUAUGCGGCUAUAACGGCUGUCCUAUCCUCUCGUUCCAGACGCCCAGCACGAAUUCCCUGCUCAAUGGACUCCGGCACUACGAUAAUCUCAAUCAGCUCGUCAUCUCACUCUGGCUUCUAACAUGGUACGAAGACUCGUACCGCGAUACCGAGAUCAUACAGUCCUGGCUCGACACUCGCUCGCCCUCUUCAACCGCAUUGGCUGUCGUAACACCCCCAACCUCCCCAUCACCCGAACAUGCCGUCGACCCAGGCCAUUUCCCCAUCUUCAAUGCUCGAGUCGUGCCUCGUCAGGAGUUCAAUCGGUGGGCUGUAGCGCUCAAGACGCGCUUCUCCCCCUCUGCGCUCGCUUACCGUGUCGCUCGCGAUAUCGGGCCAUACCUUAGUCCAGUAGCGAAGAGGAGGCCCGGUGGCGUGAAGGUCAGGGCGAGUUUUUGUUUAGGGGUACGGGAAGAGGGGAGAAGUGCAACUGAUAUCUUUGAUUUAGAAAUGAGAGUUGGCAAGAAUGACCAGGUGCUGGAAUUCAUUGGACCCAGAGAAGAGGGAGAGAAGGGGCGGUGGUGGAGUAAGCUUGAGGGGCGGCGGUGGUUCUGAAAUGUUAUGUGUAUGUGCAAUAUAUUUGUGUUACUUGGGCGUUUGCUAAGCGUUACAUAUACCAAGUUCCGAGGCCAUGGUUUAGUUGAUUUGCCUUCUACAUUACUCUAGUACAUAUAGUAUUGCAUCCCCCUUACAGACUCAAAGUCGGCACUCCAUCAACAGCUAACCUCAGAAGCUGCUUAUUCUCGCUCUCCUCAAGCACGC